AUGGACCGAGCCGCGGGGGACACGCGCGGGGGGCCGGUAUGGGCCCCCGACGGGCGUGCGCCUCCCGCUGCACCGCGUAAGCGCCGGACAUCGUCGCCGGAACGCGGCACGAAGGCGCGACGGGCCGGCCGCGCGCCUCACACGCUGCUGGCGGCGUGGGGCCACGAGCCGCCGCGCGCCGCCCAGCCGCGCACUCGUGCGAGCCCCGAGGCGCCUUCUGCGCCCCUCCCACGUCUUGUGCGUGGGACAGCGCAGGGCGACAAAAUGCAUCCUUUCUUUGCGCAGCGCGAGGCAGUGCCUCGCGAUUCGCAGCGUCGCAAGGACGACGCGUCUUCCAGCGGCGCGCCGCGCGCGCGUCUCGGUACGCUCGCUGCGCCGUGGCCCAGCGCGGAUGCCGCCCAUGUACAGCCGCCCACGCAGCCUAUCGCGCACCAACCUGCUGUGUGGCCCCGCCGAACGCGCCCGGCCCGGAGACCGCCGACAUGCGCACCUCUCCGGCUGCCUCUCGAGCCUGCGGCGCUGGCAGCGGCCGAGGCACCGGCGUGCGAGGCCGCCCUGGAGCCUGUGACAGAGGGCCCUCUUCCGGCGGGAUUUCCCGCGCCGCGUCCACCGCUCGCCUACGUGGCCGCGGACCUUGCGCUGCCAGCGUCGGCGCCGCCUGUCGUGCAGCAUCUGUAUGCACAGCUCAACACGCGAGGGCCUCAUGCCCUCGUGCCGCACCGCCCGCCGUCGCUCGCGCAUGAGGCGCUGUGGACGGACCGGUGGCGGCCGACGUGCGCGGCGCAUGUGCUGGGCAACGAGGCCCACGCGAUCUAUCUACGCGACUGGCUCCGCGAGCUGCGUGUAACAGAGUCGGACGCACAGAAACGCGCAAGCUCGCGCAAGCGUGGGCGCGCGCGCCAAACCGACUCGGACGACGAGUUCUUGCCAGAGGAGGCCGCGUGGUUUGACCAGUUUCGUGCGCCGACGGACAGCCGCCCAGCCGCCCAGCCGCUCGCCAACUGUGUCGUGCUGGCGGGCCCUACGGGCGUCGGGAAAACGGCCGCCGUGUAUGCGUGUGCGCAGGAGCUCGGCUUCGAGGUGUUUGAGCUGUACGCGGGCAUGGGCCGCCGCAGUGGCAAGGAGCUCGCGAGUGCGGUGGGGCAGCUGACUCGCAACCACAUGGUGCGGGGCGAGAAGCGCGCGGCGCAAGCGUCGCUUGCAACGUCGGCGAUGCCGCCACAAUCGCUGAUCCUCCUGGACGAGGCGGACCUGGUCUUUGACGACGACGCGGGGUUUUGGCCCGCGGUCGUGGAGCUGGUCAGCGAGUCGCGGCGUCCCGUCGUUCUGACAUGCACGGACGCACAGGCGCUGCCGCUCGCGGACCUGCGCGUGCAGCGCGUCCUCACAUGGGCGCCGCCACCGCCCGAUGCAGCCGCCACCUACCUGCAGCUCGUCGCACUCGCCGAGGGCUAUAUUGUGUCGCAAGCGGCGAUGCACACGCUGUAUACCCAGACGCGGCCGCGGCCCGUGCCGCUCGACCGUUCGAGCGGCCCCGCGUUCCCGACCGCGCACUUGUACCCCUACGACCGCGUGUCCGAUGCGGCGCCUGCCCACGACCUGCGUGCAGCGCUGAUGCAGCUGUCGUGGCUGUGCCUGCACACGCGCGCCGACGAUGUGCUCCGCGGCACGGCGCUACCGAGCGCGGCGGGCCCAGGCACCAGCGCGCCUGCAUCCGAGCGCGAUGCCUGGAAAGCACUACAGCGCGCGCCUGCCGACAGCGACGAGGCUGUGCCGCUGCCGCCGCGCGGCCGUGCGCAUGUGGUGCCGGUCCCGACCGCCAACGUGCCACCGUCUGCGCAGGUGCCAGUAGACGCUCGGCGCGCGCUGCGGAUCGGAGCUGCGCUCCGUGGCACGGACGACGAGGCGGGCGAUCGCGCCGCUCGGGCCGUGCACACCAUGCUGGCCGUACUCAAUGUGCCGUGCUCGGAGCAGCUGCCGCGUGCCGGCAUUGCGACCGAGUAUGCCCCGUACGUGCGAUGCAUGUGUCACGUGGAUAUGGCGCGGCAGCAGCAGUGGGCAGCGCAGCGUUACGACGCGGGGCUGUGGACAGGCCGAGUGACACGCGCGUCAGCGCGCCUCGGACUCGAGGCCGAGGCAUGGCGCACUGCGCCGCCGUAUGCAUGGCUGCCACUCGGUCCCAGUGAGCUCGCGGCCGUUCAACAGACGACGUUCUUACUGCCUACCUAG